UUUUGGUGCAUGCGCACAAAUUAUUUCUGAGCUUGUUCACAACUUACUGCGUUUGGGUGUACUUCAUUUCUAACCUUUAUGGUUAGAAUUAUUUUCAAGUCGUUUAAAGCAAUGCAAAAAGAUGACUGUAUUAUUUUUAAUUACUACUAGUGCGUACUGUUUUUUGAACUUUGUUCCAAUUAUUAUCAAGCAUUUCAUAAGCUGGAUUUUUGCAGAAAAUAAAGCUGAAUAUAAAUUAAAAAAUGAAAUUCUUGUAUUAAAAAAUGAAAUGAGCAAAAUAUCUCAUGUUGAUGAAUUUUCUAAGUAUUCAAAAUUACAAAGAAAACACACGACGUUAAUUGAAAUUUACCGAAAAGAAGUUUCAGCAAGACUAUCUUAUAGAAUGAAAGUGCAACUUGUCUUCACUUACCUUAUUAAAAUUCUAAACUGGGUCAUAUUGAUAAUGCUAAUGAAGAUUUAUCAAAAAGAGCCGAUUGUUAUUUUACCGAAAGGAUCACUACAUCCAUUUGAAAAUUUUUUGAGCUGGCCAAGAAUGGACAAUACUUCGAUAUCUUUAACAAUGUGAUAUUAAAUACUAAUUUUUAAUAUGAAUCUAGCUCGUUUUUUUAAUGAAGAUUUAUUAUCAAGUUUGUUAAUAAAACUUUUAGUAAAUUACCAAAUCCAUGCAUGUUUGUAAAAAUAAGAAA